CAACUCUUCGUUCCUUGACUCCAUCGAUGUUUUUGCGCUCGACUAGUAGAGCCUAGCAGUAGUCGGUGCAUGGCUGCAGUCGUGGGGAAUUCAAUGGUGUAAAAGAGAGGAGCGGGACGUUCGUUUUCAGCUGAACGCCAGGCCAGCAUGGGUCGGCGCUCGUCUGACAGCGAGGAUGACAGUCGGAGCAGGAGGAAGAAAAAACAGCGUCGCCGUUCGUCCUCCUCCUCUUCCUCCUCCUCGUCUGGGAGCCGGGUGAGGAGUAGCCGCAGCAGGAGAUCCAGCCGCAGGAGCCGCUCUCGCUCCAAAGACAGAAGGAGAAGACGGCGUUCCAGCAGCAGUUCCUCCCAGAGUUCGUCUCGCAGGAAAAGGAGCCGGAGUGCAGACCGAGACAAAGGAAGAAGCCACCGCUCACACAGGUCUCGCAGCCGGGACAGAAGGUCUCAUUCUCGCCACCGGAGGUCCCGCAGCAGGAGCAGCAGCCGCAGCCAUCGAACAAGCCGCAGCCGGAAAAAGAGCCGCAGCCACAGCCGAGAGCGGGACAGGAGUCGGCGCAAGGGCCGGGACAGGGAGAAGGAGAGGGAGCGAGACAGAGGAAGAGAGAAAGACAAGGACAGGAGUAAAGACAAGAAAGGGGAUGCUGGGAGUAUUAAGGACAAAUUAGAACAUCUGACUCCAGCAGAGCAGGCUAAAGUCCGCAUGCAUUUGGUCUUGCAGGCAGCAGCUAAGACAGAUGAAGUUCUGAAGGCCAAAGUAGCGAAGAGAGAAGAGGAGGCCCGAAAGAAGCUAGAAGACGAGGGAACCUCUCUGGAGGAGCAAGUGCGAAGGAUAAAGGACAUCGAGGCCAUCGAGAGCGAUUCCUUUGUUCCUCAGGCUUUCAAAUCAUCCCGGGACGACACAAAGAGUGCUGCGGCUCAGGUGAAGCAGGAGGCAGAGAAGGGACCCUCUCAGGACAUCUCGCUCCCCAUGGCUAUAAUCUACGAUGACACUGACACCCUCGCUCAUCCCAGUUUGUUCAUGGAUAAAGAGACGGCUGAAGAGCUCUGGCUAAACAGACUGAUCUCACUGCGACAAGAGCGACUGAUGGGAAGUCCUGUAACCUGAAGAGUAGCAGCAUCCAAGAAGAUCUUUUCGUUCCCAGCAUAGUUUUAAUCCAGAUCUUCACUCUCAACCAUUAUGUCUUGUUUUUGGAGCAUCAGAGCAAUGCCUAUUUGUUAUUAAAACCUGUGGGCAGUUGUUUUUGGUCAUAUUCUAUGUUGUUGUUUUUUACUAUUAUUAUAGACAAUGAAUGAACAUUAGAAUGUGGAAUUUUUUGACUUAGAUAAUUCUGUUCUGCUUAGAAAUUAUUUUAACAUAGAUAUCAACAAAUUAUGUUGUGGUCUUUUCAAUAAAAAGUCAACUGUGACUGGUAAAUUAUAA